AGGAAAUGAGAGAAGGCACGUCACAGCGGAGCAAAGAGGAAGGACUGGGUUAAAACAAAUCAUCGACAACCUCGCUGGCAGGAAGCACACAGUAACCUGCUCGCUGAGACUCGUCCCUUUGUAACAGGAAGCACGGCAGGUUACUAGAGAAAAGUCUGCAAAGGAAACCGGGCGAGGUGGUGCACGGGCAAAAAACGCUCUGAGCUUGUGGUUUCACCUUAGCACUCUCACUGCACUACAGACUAUAGACACAUCACAAGCUGGGGGGGGCCCUUCAGGUGCACCCAAGAUGACGCCCCAACUGAACGAAGAUGUCAUGGCAGAUAUUAAGAAAGAAGCCACUGAACGCUUACGACCCUAUUUAUGUGAAAAGCUGAUUGCGGAAAGACACUUUGAUUACCUGCGCUCAAAAAUGAUACUGAACAAAGAGGACACAGAAGAAAUUUUAUGCCAAACAACAAGUCGGAAAAGAGCUGGAGAAAUGCUGGAUCGACUGGCCAAAAAUCCAAAAGGGCUCGAUGCUUUAAUCGAAUCCAUUCGACAACAAAGGACACAGGACUUUCUUAUCGAAAAAAUAACCGACGAGGUGCUACGAGUGAAAAACUCAUGGCUGGACUCCUGCAAAGAUUGCUGCUUGGACCACUCCCCGACAUCCAAUGGAUUAAGCACUGCUGAUGAAAAACUGGCGUCGCCCCAAAUGGAAUCCACAAUUCUCUACCACCCUGAAGGCGAGCCCAGUCUCCCCCAUUGUUUUAGUUCCCCCCCUACACUGAGAGGUCCAUCUACUGUCGAGAACAAAUCAAAGAACAGCAACUUCUCCAACAAGUUCCCCAAGCCCGGAGAGCUCGGAGCGCCCCCACUUCCCAUCCUUCCUCCAGGGGAGCCCGUGGAGACCUGUGCGUGUUCUACCAUCGACAGCCAGUUUCUUCCUCUGAGGUCCAGUUCUCCUUUCAAUCCAUGAUCCCACAAUAUAUACUGUGCCCUUAUGUCACCAGGUAGCAUCGGAUUCAUGUUCUGCACAGCUCUGGUCACUGAAUGGUGGAGUAAUUGACAGAAGAAAACAUCAUGGACACGUACAGUAAUUUUUUGUGGACUUGAUUUGUCACCUGGAGUACAAAGCUUUCCUUUCCGGUUUCCCAUUGUAUGGGGUUGGACUGAAUGGGAUGGGGAUAGAGGGAUACUUACUUGUCUUCUACUUCGUGGUAUUGCUACUAGCAGGAAGCUAAUGCUGCUACUAUGGGGCUAAUAUUGAAAACUGUCCUGGUGCUGUUUAAACCCCCUGCCCCCAAAAUAGUAGCCAACUACCAGGAGGAAGGUCCAACCAAAGUCACAUCUACCUCUAGUUAGAAUGGGUUGGUUGGACUUGUAUGGCAUAUCCACAGGAUAUCCUAUAAAUGCCUAAUAGAAUGUGAAGAAUGGGGGGGGGGGGGAUAGUGCACGGUUGCUUAGCUAUUUACAAAAUUGCCAUAUAACUGAUAGAGCUGCGCAUGUGCCCGGCCACCUCUAUACUGGUUAUCCGAGUGAAUGCGGCGGGUAAAAGGAUUCCCUUUUAUCCAUACGGGUGCGGGUCCCAGAGGUGGGACCCACAUUUAUCAGACAUUUAUGGCACAUCCUGUGGAUAAUACUUCAUUACUGCUCCAAUGGUCAUAGCAAAGGAUUUAAAACAUUACUGGUGGUUCUCAAAUUUUUGGCAGGAUCCACUGACACUUUCCUGUGUAUACAUCACGGGAGAAUGGGACUGGACGGAUUGGGCGUUUACUUGUCUGAUCUCACCCCAGUGGUUGGCAGGUGCCAACCGUACAGAGGUCAAGACGAAGACUGACAAAGGAAGAGAAGGCAGCACACACUAUGGGGGACCUUUAUUAU